UUCCUUGGAUAUCAUCUGUUGGAGCUAGGUUAUUGCCUGGAUCCUGAACCCAACUGUUUCAUUCUGGAGCCUUCCAGACUGCCACUGUUGGUGUGCCUAAACCUCAGAUUAUGGCAUCAGAUGGAACCUCUCCAUUACCAGGACCAGAUAUGGCCAUGAAACCUGGUGCUGGCCUGUCCCCUUUCAGUGCACUUCCUUUUGCCCCACCUCCUCCUGUUCCACCAGACCAACCCCUCUGGGAGCUGUCACCACAGCCCCCUAUACCUCCUGUCUUCUCUCCAGGCAAUCCUCUCCUCCUUUCUGCUUUCCCCAGCCCAUUGUUGGUGACAGGAGAAGGAGGCCCUGGCCCCAGUGUGGCUGGAACUGGCCAGGUCAUUGUCAAAGUCAAGACAGAUGUGGGGUCAGCUGAGUCCUCUCAAACUCAGAACCUUAUAGUUACUCAGACAGCCCUAAACUGGAUUCCCUCAGGUGCUCCCUGUGGGAGCCAGGAGGGGCCUCCUCCUCUGUAUGUGACAACCUCUAAUGUGAAGACCAUCCUGCCUGCUGUGGCUGUUGGAGUGAGCCAGGAGGCCCCUGCAGGGCUUCCUCUGCAGGUUCUCCCACCAGCUGCCCAACUGGCUCCCAUUGUGCCCCUGGAAAAGCCCUGGCCAGGAACACAAGCAACAACCAUGGAAGGAGGUCCCAUGGCUGCCCGGAAGCCCUCUCAAGGUGACCUUGCCUAUGCUUCCAAGGGUGUUUAUGAGAACUAUCGUCGCUGGCAGCGCUACAAAGUCUUGGCCCGGACUCACCUAUCCCAGAGUCCUGAUGCAGAAGCUCUUUCCUGCUUUCUUAUCCCAGUGCUUCGUUCCCUGGCCCGACUGAAGCCUACUAUGACCUUGGAGGAGGGACUGCCGAGGGCUCUGCAGGAAUGGGAGCGGACCAGCAACUUUGACCGGAUGAUCUUUUAUGAGAUGGCAGAGAAGUUCAUGGAGUUUGAGGCUGAGGAGGAAACACAGAUACAGAACGCACAGUUGAUGAAUGGGUCCCCCGGUCUGUCCCCUAUAGCCCCUUUGAAACUUGACCCUCCAGGGUCCAUGGUCCCUGAGGCUUGCCAGCAGCCAGUGUACAUUCCGAAAAAGGCAGCCUCUAAGACUCGGGCUCCCCGUCGGCGGCAGCGCAAACCCCAAAGGCCUCCAGUUCCUGAGGCACCCAAAGAGAUCCCACCUGAAGCUGUGCAAGAAUAUAUUGACAUCAUGGAAGGGCUGAUGGGGAGCCAUGUGGACACUGGAAAGACAGAGGAGGAAGAGGGGCAACAGGAGGAUGCAGGGAUGUAUCCAGAUCCAAGUCUUCUGAGCUAUAUUGAUGAACUAUGUUCUCAGGAAGUCUUUGUCUCCAAGGUGGAGGCGGUCAUUCACCCUCAGUUUCUGGCAGACCUGCUGUCCCCGGAAGAGCAGAGAGAUCCUUUGGCUUUAAUUGAGGAGCUAGAGCAAGAAGAAGGACUUACUCUUACCCAGCUGGUCCAGAAACGACUCUUGGCCUUGGAGGAGGAAGAUGCAGAGACACCUCCAAGUUGCAGUGGAGCUCAGUCAGACUCAAGUCCUUCUGUUUCUGAUGAAGAUGAAGAUGGGGGUCAAAGGCGUCGGCCCUCACCUGGGCUUCAGGGGGCUGCGGGCAUUGUUCGCAUUGGAAAAUCUGCUUCUCCAGGCAAGCAGGCAAGAGAAAUGCAUGGUGGGCAGGAGCAAACACUAGGUGGUUCACAGGGGAUUCACAAGGAUGGAAAUAGUCUGCCAUCCCCUAGCAGCUGGGACCUGCAGCUAGAACUCACAGCUUCACAGGGAAUGCCAGUACCCUUGGGUAUGGAGAUAAAAGGGUCUGGGGAGGCUAUAAAACAGCUAUCUGCAACUCAUGAUGGCCACCUGGGAGGUACCGGGUCCUCUGGGCACUACCCAGUAGCAGAUAGGAAUCCAGAGGUCUUACCUUUUUGUUGGCAAGAAGAUCCCCAACACAUGAGAGCCUCCAGUUUGGAUGUUGGAUGUAUAGAGCCAGUUCCUCUGCAAGGACUUGUGAUAGAAAAACAGACCUUGGUGUUGCAGAUAGGAGAGCAGAUUGGACAGCAGAUCGGGGGAGUUGGGAUGCUUACUCAAGGAAGAGAACAACCUUCAGCGGUUUCCCAGAAGGGCUCAAGAGCCAUUUGGGGAGAUGACAGAGGUCCUGAUGUGGUUCAGAGUUACAGUCAGAACCAUUCCCCUGGAGCAGCUGGCAACCUAGACAGGGUUUCUCUCAGCCCAGGACUGUGGCUGAGCAGUGACAUGGAUCCUGUAGGCUUAGAGUUUCCCUUACAAAUUGAAAAUGUCAUAGAUAGCAUCCAAGAUAAGGCAUGUAGACGGGAGGACCAGACAUUGAGUUCUAAAAACAGUGCUUCUCUGGGUCCUAGAAAAAACACAGUGCCCAAGGAUGUGGGGAACAGUGUGAUUCCCUGUGGAGGCACAGAUAAAACAGCCGUCCCAGAAAAGAGAAACUCCUGCAGCUUGCCAGGGUCUUUGAGAGCCAGUGGUCCAGGUUUGAGGUCCAAAGAAAAGCAAGAGCUGAGCCCUGAAACCAUACAGAAUUCUAGUGAUCUGUGGGCUGAAGCUUGCCCCCCACUGCUGCAAACACUUGACUCUUCUCCACUGGGGUCUUCCAAAGACACCCUGAUACCCACAUGCCAAGGCAAUCUCCUUAUUAUUGGGACCCAGGAUGCCUCCUCUUUCCUCCAGGCUAGCCAAAAGGCAGAGAGCAGAGGUAAUCUACUUUUUCCUCCUAUGCUGGAAAACAUAGAACAGGUCAACAUACUAGAUGUUAGAAAUGACAGUGGCCCCCAGCCAGGGGUCAGCAAGGAUUCCUGCUCAUCAAGUUUUAAUUCUUAUAACCUCCAAGGAGAGGGCAGGGAAGACACAGUUUCCUCCAAACCCACUGACCUUGUUCCUUUACAAGGUCAUCAAGAAUCUUGUACACAUGAGACAACCAAAUUGACAUCUGGCCAGGGCCAGGGCCAUACUUCCCCAAGGUGGGGAACCAGGGAUGCUUUUAUUCUGAGAGAAAUCCCUAUUAGAGAAACAUCAGCAGAUAGAGCCAAAGGAAGUGAGACAGAGAAGGAGGAAGAUGAAGAGCUCUCCAACUUCUCCUACCUUUUGGCUUCCAAACUCAGCCUGUCCUCAGGAGGGCUUCCCUUUAGUACUAGUCAAGCCUCAGGAGGUCAGGGAAUUGUGAAAACAUCCCACCAUUCUGCUGAAGUAAAUGGCCACUCUGCUGAAGUAAAUGACCAUGGUCAGCCUUCACCCCCACCCAAGUCUGGGAAGCAAGCCCUAGUUGGGAGUCCAGCUACUGUUGUAGAGAGACCCCAGCAGGGAGGUCAGUUUAGUAGUUCUGGGCAGAAACCCCUUGUUCUGGGAAUGGCACAGCUCCCACAGCCUCGUAAAAGGCGUCGUGACAGUUUUGUCACCAGCAAAAGGAAGAAAAGACGUCGCAGCCAGUAGGAAGCAGAGGGCCACCCUGCUCCACCUAGCAGCACCCAAAGUUGUGUGUGAGGGGGUGCCCCAGAGUCCAUUUUACUGCUCAGUGGAGAAGCAGCCUCAGCCCAAUGUUGUUUUCGUUGUUGUGCAAGAAGCUGGAGAGCCUGGGGCAGGUCAGACUGUCUAGGUUGCAGGGGUCCAGUUAGUGGGAAGUAAAGGGAAAGUUCGGCUUUCAAAAGUUAUAUGGAAAAAUAAAAGUUUGUGGCUGGAAAAUGUUAUGUGCUCGUCUGUGUGAGUACCCUUGCAAAGAGCACAGAGC